GGCGCUUCCUGGCGGGGCUCUGUGGAGGGGGGGAGCUCGAGAUGGCUUCGCCCUGAUGGCGGUUGCCGAGGAGGCCCCGAGCGACCCUCCCAGCCUCGUCCAGUCUGGCCCGGACAUGCCCGGCCCAGCUGCCCCUGAAGCAGCCCAGAGGUGCAAAUAAACCUUCAUCAAGAAUUGAACAAUGGAACCAGAUAUCAUCCGAAUGUAUUCUUCAUCCCCUCCACCACUAGAUAAUGGAGCUGAGGAGGAGGAGGAGGAUGAGUUUGGUGAUUUUGGUGGUUUUUCUGAUGCUGGAAGUACCAGUGUAGGCUUUGACUUUGCAUCAGAUUACUCCAGUUCAAAGGAAGAACAUAAAUCUUCAUAUAACUCUGAUUACUCAGGCAACGUAGACAAUAUUAUAGCCUUUGCUACUGUUAGAUAUGCGAAUGAUAAAGAGAGUAUUACAGAACUCCCUAACUCUGUUAAAGGACCACCUGAUAGUAGCAAUGAAAAAUGUGAGUGUAGAAGUUUGGGUACAUCAUUUGAUGAUGUUAACUCAGUAGAAGUAAAACGAACUGCAAAACUGGAGUCACCAUACUCUGAAAUUAUUAGGACUGAUAUGAAAGUUCCAAAUCAGGACCAGCAACUAGACAGCUGUAAUGGCGAGAGACAGCCAUGUCCAGAAGUUCUAACGAAUGGAUUUACAACAUCAGACAUGGCAAAUUCUCAGGGAGUAGAAGAUCUGGACAGUAUCAGUGACUCAAAGGGAUUAAAAACAACUAGCACUCAUAGUACUGAAUUAAGCCUAGAUUCUAUACCCAGCACAGCAGAGGAUUUUGCAGAUUUUGCCACGUUCUCAAAUAAACAAACAAACCAGGUGGAAGAAACGGGAAAUAAAAUAUGCAAAAAUUCUAGUGAAAGAGAAGUAUUAAGUAUGCAAGAAAACAAUAUUGUAAAUAGAGUUGGAGAGGAGGAAUCGAUGAAGGAAGUGACUUCAGAUGGAAGCUGUGAAUAUGAAGGGGAAACUUGCACAGAAGGUGAACAUAUCUGCAUUUCAAAAGUUAAUUUAGUAAUCAAUGAAGACUUGAAGGCUGAGGAGGACUGUACAGCAUUAGAACAUAACGACGCUGUCUCUUCCAUACAACCAAAUGUGAAUUCAGUAGGCACAACUGAAAGUAUUGAAGGAAGAAGAGAAUGUGACAUUGAAAAUAGCAAAGAACAUAAUUUUUGUUGUACCAAUGACACUGCAAAUACACUGAACCUUAAUCUAAGUAGAGUUCAAAGCAGGCUUUCUACAGUAGAGAAGGUGUGUGCUUCUGAAAUAGUUAAGAAUGGUGAAAGCUACACUGGACAUGCAACCUGUAGUGGCUUAAGUGAAGAUGAUUUUGGUGACUUUGGCACAGUCAGUAAUGGAUCUCUUGCUUUUGUUGAUGGUGCUCAAGCUGCUGCAAACCAAGAACAUUUUCAGAUCCCUUCUGAAAACAUCAGAGAACCAAGAAAUAAAUGUAGUGACGUCACAGAUGGAAGUGGUGUUCACCAGCAGUCAACAAAGGUAGCUACUUCUGAACCAAAUGAGAUUUCAAACACUGUGUCAGAAGAAUGUCGAUCAACUGAUACUGGUUCCAGGAUGACAUUGCAGCCUACUACAGAAUUGGAAAAUGGAGAUGACAAUGAAUUUGGAGACUUUGGUUCCGUGGCAAAAAGGUUUCCAGACUCUGAUGACUUUUCAGACUUCAGUUCUGCUGGUUGUAACCAAGCUGCAGAGUGGAAUGCUUUUGACACUGAGCAAAAGGAGAGCUGCUUGUGGGCUGCCUUUGAAGAUGAACAUGUAGUGGAAUCUCAUUCAGGAAAAGAUGUGUGGUCAUCUCAUAGGACAGGCACAACUCCUGGUGCUGAAGGUUCGGUGGCUCAGAUGACUGACAGUAUUUCAGUAACAUCUUCGCAGGGAACUGGCAGUGGGCAAUUGCAAGAAUUACCAUCAUCAUCAUCUCGGACAGAGCUCCUAAGUCGUCUAGAACGAAUAUUUGAGGCCUGUUUUCCUUCUGUACCUGUUUCUGAAAUGGAAGAAGAGAUUGCACCUUUAAAUCUCUUGUUAGAAGCGGGUUCUAAGCCUGGGAGGACAGAGGAGACCCUGUCAGAAAGAGAACUGCUUGAUGUAUGGACAGAGCUUCAGGAUAUCCAUGAUGCUUAUGGAUUGAGGUAUCAGUGGGGUGGCUCCCACAGCAACAAAAAACUCCUCUGCUCUUUGGGAAUCGACACAAGAAACAUUCUCUUCACAGGUAACAAGAAGCAACCUGUUAUAGUACCCAUGUAUGCAGCAGGACUGGGCAUGUUAGAGCCUACUAAGGAACCCCUGAAACCAAUAUCUGCUGCAGAGAAAAUAGCUUCAAUAGGACAGACUCCCCCUGUAUCGCCAGAGAUGAAUAUAUGUGCACCUGAUCAGUUCCAGGAACCUCUACCACCUGUCCAGUUUGACUGGAGUAGCAGUGGCCUUACUAACCCUUUAGAUGCUAAUGGAGGUUCCACUCUUCUGAACCUUGAUUUCUUUGGGCCCGUGGAUGACAGUAGCUCUAGCACCACCACCACCAUCCCAGGUGUGGAUCCAGAAUUGUAUGAGUUGACAACUUCCAAGCUGGAAACCGCCAACGCCACCAGAAAAGUGACUGAUGCAUUUGCAAAACUAAUGUCUACCGUGGAGAAAGCAAGCACAUCAGCCAGAAAGCCCAAAAAGGAAGAACAACUCAGCGAAGAAGCUGCCAAGGUGAUUUCUAGCCUUCCUGACUUAUCUUUCAUGCAUGCCAAGGUGUUGAUGUUUCCAGCCACAUUAAUGCCUUCAACAAGUUGCCAAGGCAAGGUAGACUAAAGUGAAGUGAAUUGGACAAUUUCUAUUGAUUCUUCCCCCCAGCCCCCUUUUCUGGGUCCAAUAAAGUGAUUUUGCUUUAAAUAAAAAAUCAAGUUCAGAUGAUUUGUUGGUAAGCAGCACUAGAAAGGUAUACAUAGUUAUGUAUAUUUAUUUACAUACUGGAGUCCUAAAUUUAUAUUAGAAAUUGUAAAUAACCAGGGAGGAUUGAACUUUUUUGAAGAUUUAUCCUUUUUUUUUUUGUGCUGGGAUGUAAACAUUUGUCUUUGUGGAAUACACUGGUAGUGUCCUUCUUACAAAACUUUAUAAACAUUUUUUUAAAAUUGAAAUUUCCAAUUUUUGCUCUUCAUGAAAUUUCCCUCAAAAUUUUUUUUCCAGAACAAAUCACCCUUAAUGAAAAAAACAUUUACUGAAAAAGCCUAAACAUUUAGGGUCUUUCAGUGGUUUUCUUUAAAGCAGGUUAAAUCCCCACUUUUUAAUCUAAUGUGGCUUUUUUUCCCCUUUGUGGGGGCUGGGUGGUUGAUAUUUAGUUUUUUUUAUUAUUAUUUCUAGCAGUAUGGAUUUAAAGGUUUGCUAUCAGUUCCUUUUAGUUAAAUAAUAGAUCACUGCCUAACUACUUGAUUGUCGGGAUCUACGUAUUAAUUAAUUUGGCUUGGGUGGAAGGACCAAAACUAUCUGAAUGUCUUAUGAGGAAAUAUACCUGUUACAUUUUUGUUGUACCACUAUUCUUAUGUUUGAUUUUGCACAGUGUAAAUUUGACAUAAUCAUAGAUUGCUAUGGUUUAGGCUGUAUGUACAGUAAAACUAUGGGUUGUAUAUGUUUGGGGAAAUUCCUAUGGAAAAAAGAGAAUGCUAUGUAGAAAAACCUCUAACAAGGUUUACGUGCAUGCCCGAGGUCUUUUUGAAAUUUCAGUGUAUAAAUUUCCUCUUAGCUUACACAAAAUAAAAAAAAAUAAAGUUAUAUAGUCUGUUAA